ACCUAUGACUUUUGGGUCCAAAGGCAGCUGGUAAUCAGAAAGAUGUCUCUUGAGAAGGCUGCUGACACACUUGACAACAGUUUGAAUUCUCUGGAAAAAAUCAAGGAGGAGAUAAAGAAUUGCACGGCCAUGUAUGACAAGGCACUGAAGGACAAUAGAAAACUGUCCGAAGGCAACAGUGACACCCUGAAACUGGCCGGCGAGUUUUACCAGCGUUCUCAGAAAUUAAAUCAAGAUCUGCAGAUGGAAGAGGAAGAGCAAGGCCAAAGGACAGAUGACUUGAAGAAGAGGCUGAGCUUGGUGAAAAAAGAGGAGAGUCGUCUGAAGGAAGAGGAGAAGCGGAUGAAGGAGGAGCAUCGUCAAAUUGACCAGAUGGAGAGGCAGCUGAGACAGCAGACAGAGGUUUCUGCUGCAAUGCCCGAAAAGAAGGUUGUUUUUGCUGGAAAUUUAAACACUGAAAGAGAAACCUUCAACCUGGAGUCUGAAAUAGUGUACCCCAUGGAAGGUGGGACGGCACUCAUCACCUUUGAAGAUGAAGAAGCGGCUCAGAAUAUCCUGUCAAUGAAGGAACAUGAUGUUCCAGUGGGAGACUUCUCCAUAACCCUGGAAGCCAAGCCUGUACAGUUCAUUAUACCCAGCCUUGUGGAGAUGGACACUUAUGUGUGCCCAAAUCGCGUGCUGGUCUCCAACUUGCCCAAGAACAUGAACGAAGAUGACGAGAGUCGGCUGCUGGAUAGGCUGGAGGUCCAUUUCAGCAAGACGCGCAAUGGAGGUGGGGAAGUGGAGUCAAUCUGCAUGUUGCAGGACUCUGGGAAUGUGGUCAUUGCUUUCACGAAGGACAACGUCGCGCGAGGUCUGGUGGGCAGAGAGUACCACGAGAUAGAUGUGUUGAAGAAAAAGCACAAAGUCAGAGUGACUCCCUUCAUCAAUGGGGAAAUAAAAGAUCUGCAGGUCACAGUAUCAGUAUCCAGUCGCACUGUGCUGCUCACUGGGAUCCCCGAUGUCACAGAGGAGGACACCAUGCAGGACUGUCUGGAGAUCCACUUCCAGAAGUCCUCCAGUGGUGGAGGGGAGGUGGAUGCCAUUGUUUUCAAUCCCAUGGGUCAGCGGAAGCUCGCUGUCUUCAGGGAUGACUCUGCAGCCAGGCCUCACACACCUCUGAAUCACUAAAUCUAUGAUCCUGGACAUGGAAUGUUACCCAACCCUCCCUUACUGUUUGAUUCAUUUAUUCAUUUAGCUGAUGAUUUUCUCCAUAGUGGGUUAAUACUUAAAUUUAUUUGCAUAUUUUAGCAACAGGCUAAUUUUUAAUAGAGUAAUUUAGGGCAAGUACCUUGUUUAGAGGUAUCACACGAGGAAGUGGCAUUCUAACCUGGGUCCUUCAGCAAUUAACUACCGCAAUACAUGGUGUUUGGUUGUCAAACCCUUAAAUCAUUAUAGUUAGUUGUUUUCACUGUAGUACAUGUUGUUCCAUUUUGCAAAAAAACUUGAACUGCAUAUUUAGUUUUAAAAAUUUUAACUGCAUGAUUGGAUGAGUUAUUGACACUGUCAGAUACCACACGGAGGCGAAGUGAGAGUGAACUCAGGUGCAGAGUUUUAUUGUGCGGUUGUGUGGGUGGCAAAGGGGUGAGGUACUUGUUAAAGUUAACACAAUAACAUGAAGGAAACUUUUGGGACGAAGGAGCGGACUAACGUGACAAACUGGACUGGAUUGUGACGAAGACGGAGCUUGGAGAUUUCAUGAACAACGCUGAAGUUUUGGAGAUCCUGCAAAGUCCUAGGUGUCUUCCGUGCCUGAAGUAACCGGUCUCCUUUCCCUGUGAACCGGUGCGUAGAGGUGGGUUCUCGAAGGGAGGUAUAACGCACACCCAUGUGGGUUAGUUGCACAUUAGAAGAUGAAUUUUUAAUGAAUUCAAGAGGAAGAUGAAAAUGAAUUGAAAAUGAGUGGUGGUAAAUGUCAUGUUUUUAUUCUGCUCAUGGCUCAAUUAUUACAAGGAUUGUAGAGGAGUAUAACUAUUAAUAACUAAUGUAGUAACAUUGUGAAUCAUGUAGCAAACAUUUGUAUCAUGCUUUUCCUGCACUACCGCCAGUACUCCAGGCAUUACUUAUUUUACCGUCGUAUAUCGAUCAGACAUUAAUAGUCACUUAUUACAGUACAGACCAUACCAGAAGAUCACAGUAAUGGCCAGCAGGCUACUCACUUGUGUUUGCUUGCUCAGUCACUCACUCGUCUAAUCAAACUCUUCUUCUUCUCCUUUCCAAUUGUAACUCCCUAGAGGAAGUACCUUGGUGUCAGGGCCAGGUGUAUUGAACGUAGAACAUCUGUAUUUCAAUACCUUUUAUAUUUAAUAUUAAAUGUUUAAUUAUGCAUUUUUUUAGUUGACAGAGACCCAAGGGCUAGCACGGUCUGGAGCGGGAUCAAUGACACAUUUAAGGCCCCCUCCAAAAGUCGAAUUGUGAGUCUCUAUGUUGGGAAAAGAGGACUAAACCUGCAUUACAAAAUUGGUGUCAUUCCAGUUGGGUUCCUAUACAUUAGGAAAAAACUUAGUACUGCACUACAUUAAUAUUUAGGGUUAAUUAGACCGCAGUGUAACAUCUUUUAUAUAACUGAAAGUGUA